AUGCGCGCGUCAUUCGUCACUAUCACGGCAGCUUUGGCAGCAUGCAGCUAUGCAAUUCCUGGGUUGCAGCAGACACCUUUCACAACGCAUUCAGAAUCGCUCUCUCAGCAAUUGCAGGACAGCCUUACUAUCGAAGGUCUCUUACGACAUUCUCGGAAACUUCAAGCCAUUGCCGACGAGAAUGGUGGUACCCGUGUCUUUAGCUCGCCAGGGCACAAUGCUACUUUGGCCUAUAUUGCAGAGUCAGCUUUAUUGAAUGGCUAUCACACAUGGCUUGAACCAAUGCAUUUGAAUUAUACAGAAAAGGUCAAGCAAGAAGCAUCCGUUGUAUCACCUAUCCAUAUCGACAUCCCUGUGGGUCUCAUGACAUUUACCGAGAGUACUCCUUUGGAAGGUGUACGUGCCGCUUUGAUUCAUGCUCCAGGUCAUGGCUGCAACGCCGAGGAUUAUCCAAACCAUGUCAAUGGCAAGAUAGCAUUGGUUGAACGUGGCGAGUGUGCUUUUGGUCAAAAGGCGUAUGCAGCAGGUCAAGCAGGUGCCAAAGCCUUGUUAAUCUACAACAAUGAAGGUGGAUCUCUUUCUGGUACCCUUGGCCAAGACUUCCCACCCGGUGCGCCCACAGCUGGUAUCUCCAAAGAGGAUGGCGACAAGUUGCUUCGCUUGUUGGCGGGUCAUAACAAGAUUGAAUUACGCGUGGCUAUUGUGGAGAAACGUGAGGAGCGAUUGACAUACAAUGUGAUUGCCGAAACAAAGGGAGGUGACGAGAACAAUGUCAUUGUCGUAGGUGGUCAUUCGGAUAGUGUGCAUGCUGGCCCUGGCAUCAAUGACAAUGGAUCUGGUACUGCUGCCUUAUUGGAGAUCUCAUACCUCUUCCGCAAUGUUCAAAAUCGCAACAAGGUCAGAUUUUGCUGGUGGACUGCUGAAGAAUUCGGCUUGCUGGGUGCUAAGCAUCACGUUGACAACUUGUCAAUUGAAGAGAAGAAGAAGAUUGCUUUGUAUCUUAACUUUGACAUGGUUGCCAGCCCUAAUGCCAUCAACGGCAUCUAUGAUGGUGAUGGAUCCGAUAGCAGCAUGUCUGGUCCUCCUGGUUCAGCAGCCAUUGAAAAGCUCUUCCAAGAUUAUUUCAAGAGCAAGGGCGAGCCCUAUGAUCCUUCAGAGUUCGAUGGUCGUAGUGAUUAUGGUCCUUUCAUUGAAGUUGGUUUACCCAGUGGUGGCCUAUUCACAGGUGCUGAAGUGCUCAUGACGGAGGAUCAAGCCGAGCGUUAUGGACGUGAAGCGGGUGUACCAUACGAUGCAUGCUAUCAUGCUGCUUGUGACGACAUUGACAACCUCAACCAUGACGCCUUUUUGUUGAAUGCACGUGCUAUCGCUCAUGCUAUUGCUACAUUUUCUCAAUCGACGGACCUUGUGGAUCGUGAAAAGGAUACAUUGGUGACGCCGUCAUCUUCAUCACAAAAGAUUGAUAUUGAACGCAUUUGGCCAUCUGGUGCUCCCAAGGGUGCUGUAGCUAUUUAA